AUGACAGUACUCGAGCGGCUGAAGUCUAUGCCGGAUAGCAUGGCGGGCUGCAACCCAAAUUUAAUUCUGGCAGUUGUAUGCUCUGCCAUGUUCCUUGAUUUGGCAAACCUUAGCGCUAUCACCAUUGCCCUCCCUACAAUCCAAGAGAAUUUCGAUGUAGAUGCCGGCAACCUGCAAUGGAUGAUCUCUGCUUACUCGUUGACUUUCGGUGGCUUUCUGCUCCUUGGUGGCCGUGGAGGGGAUAUCUUUGGCCAUCGCCGGGUCCUACUUUUUGGCAUGGUGUUCUUCGCGUUGUUCAGUUUGGUCUGCGCCCUCUCGCCCACCUUCAUAGGGCUUGUAAUAGCAAGAGCAUUCCAAGGAAUCGGGGCUGCAUUUACCAUCCCGCCCGCCCAAGCCCACGUUGCCCUGUAUUUCACGGAGCCAGCUAAGAAAGCUAAGGCCCUGGGUAUAUGGGGCGCUGCAGGAUCGUUGGGCUUCAUCAUCGGCCUCAUUCUGGGAGGUGUUCUGACAGCAUUUCUCGGCUGGCGAUGGAUCUUCUGGAUAUCACUGAUCAUAUCAAGCCUCGUCAUCCCCGCCGCAUACCUCAUUCUCCCCAGGCCGCGCUCCAGUCGCGGCGCCACUCCCCCUCCCUCAGACUCAGCAUCCCCCGACGUCCCCACCGACGCAGCCCAGAAGAAAUUCCUCCACUCCCUCCGCGAGCGCCUCAUCCGCUUCGACGCGCUCGGCAUCUCCCUCGGCGUGCCAGGCAUCCUCCUGCUGACCUACGCCCUGACGUCCGCCAACGCGACGGGCUGGGACGCGCCAUCCAUCAUCGCGACGCUGUGCGCGUCGGUCGUGCUGCUGGCGCUGUUCGUGGCGCACGAGCGGACGGCGUCGCAGGCCAUCCUGGCGCCGCACCUGUUCCGCAGCCGCUCCUUCGACCUCACCCUCGUGCUGGCCGUGCUCACCUACGCCGUGCGCCAGGCCUGCACCUACUUCCUGACGGUCCAGCUGCAGCGGUCCUUCGGCUACAGCGCCAUCCGUACGUCCGUCCUGUUCAUCCCGCUCGGCGUCAGCGCGCUGGUGUGCAACACGCUGUCCGGCCGCCUCGUCCCCGUGCUGGGCGCGCGGGUGAUGUUCAUCAUCGGCUGGUCCCUCUCCAUCCCGGGCAUCGCCCUCUUCGCCACCACAACCAACACGCACCACCACCCGUACUCCUACCAGCACACCACCCUCCCCGGCACCAUCCUCUACAUCGCCGGAAUCGGCGCCGUCUACAUCGCCGCGUCCGUCGUCGUCGUCUCGCAGGCCUCGCGCAGCGACCAGGGCGCCGCCGCCGGCGUCUUCAACGUCGCCCUGCAGGUCGGCGGCUCGGUCCUCGGGCUGGCCGUGCUGACGGCCGUGGCUGAGGGUGUGGGCGGUGGCAAGACCGGUGGUGGUGGUGGUGGGAUUGGGGAAGAGGGGUUCAAGGCGGUUUAUUGGGCUUGUGUUGGGUUGUGCGGGGUGGGGUUGGUGGUUAGUGUGUUUGCGAUCGAGGUGCCUGAGGGGCUGAGGGGGAGUGUGUGGGAGAAGGGGAAGAAGGGGAAGAAGGAGGGGCGGCAGGAGGGAGGAGGAGGGUCGUCGGUCCAGGCCGUUGUGGUGGAAGGGACGACGGGUGCAUCGUCUGUGGCCUCUUCGUCGCAUGAGCUGCAGCCUGUAGUGCGGGAGACGCGGGAGGACUAG